UUCUUUCUUCCUCUUACUCAUUCUUCUAUUAUAUAUAUAUAUAUAUACAAGUACAUAAAGUCUUUAAUUAUUAUUACAAUAAUGGAUAUACAUAAUAACGAGUCUGAUAUACUCGUUGUUGGUGCAGGUCCUGUUGGAUUAUAUACUGCUCUUUUAUUGACCAAGAUGAGUUUCUCUGUCCGAAUUAUUGACAAAGCUAAAGAUGCAUCUCAGAACAAAAAUAAAAGUUUUCUAUGGUCACCACGAAGUUUACAACUCUUGAAUUCGGUAGGUGUAUCUGAAGUCAUGUUACAAGAAGGAUUUCGCCAUUGGAAGUUUGAAACGUUUGCAAACAACGGACACGGAAGUCAUGCUGCCAAUGCUGACCAUCAAAGCUAUCGGGUGUGGGAAAACGAAGUGACCGAAUUCAACUGGAGUCUUUCGUACGAGUGUAACAAGGUCUGUGAUGCUCUUAUACAAGCCCUCAAUGCCCUUCAUAUUAAAGUGGAAUAUCAGCAAGAAUUGAUCAAUUUGGAAGAUGGUGACAACAUAUAUCUUCAACCAGAAAAAUCCGUUUUGGCUACUAUACAAAACUCUCAAGGUGAAAUUUCUUAUUGGAAAUCAAGAAUACUUAUUGGUGCUGAUGGAAAAACAAGUUUUGUUAGACACAAACUAGGUAUUGCUCAGCGUAGUCAAGGAAAAUCAGGAGUAUUCUACACUCUCGAAGCAACUGUGACAACGAACUUUACCGGUACACGCAUGUCUGUAGUGACCAAAGGGGAAAAGGCUGUAUUUAUUGUUGGUCAUGGCUCAAGAAUGUAUUUUAUGUUUGAACAUCAGCCUCGAUGGAGUCAUCUUACUAUUGACGACCAUGUACCAAUAGAAAAAGCACAACGACAUAUCAAGGCAGUAUUGGAUCCAUAUCAAGUUGAAUUUAUAAAGGUACAUGCCUAUUUCAGUUGGUCAGCUGAAUGCAAAUCUUGUGAAGAAUAUGGCUCUGACAGAAGAUUCUUUUUAGUCGGUGGAGCAGCACAAUCUAUUGAACCUCCAGGUCUUUUAUCUACCAAUCUUGGACUGGAACAAGCUCAAAAUCUUUGUUGGAAGCUUUAUUUACAUUUACAUCAGCGGGCGUCUCCAUUAUUAUUGGAUACUUAUGAAGAAGAAUCACGAUCAAAAUUAGAUGACGUACUAGCAGCAUCACAAGCUUUUGUACAACUUAUCGGCAACAGAUCAUUAUCAGUAGUACGAGGCGAAUCACAUCAACUUCAGGAAAAUACUUACAAACUUCAAAAAAAUCAAUCUUGUCUCGUUGGACAAACGCCUUAUCAAACCAAUCUCAUCAAUCUUGGUACAGCAAGUAAUUUCUCUUUGGCCAUAUCUGAAUGCAACACAAUUACGGCGGCAGCUCAAAUGGUACAGCAUCAUGCGGAUUCUGGAGCCGUCGGCUCAUUGGCGCCAAACGCUAGAUUGAAACCUUAUACCAUGAUUCAAAUUUUAUUAUCUCAAUCCAAUGUAUGUCCCUCAACCAACCUCAAGACAACGUCUAACAACACUGUUGAUGAAUUUGUUCCACCACCAUCUCCUAUUUCUAUGUCUCCAUCUCCAGUAUCGCCAACAAACACACCAUCACCCACUGGUUCAAGAAAAACGGAUGGACGACCACGAUCACUCUCUUCUACUCCAAGUACUUCCUCAGGUUGGUCAUUGGCAAAACUACAAACAGUGACGAAAAAGGCAAUACAUUAUUAUAGUGGAGAGAAAGAUCAACAACAACGAAUAGAAAAAGGGGAAACACCAUUAUCAUCAGUGACAACAAACAAAACAGGAACAAUGACAGCAUCAUCAAAUUCAGUAUCAACGGAAGGAUGGAAACGAAUUCGACCCAAUUAUUUUCAUCUUUUAGACAAAAUGGGAUGGGAAUAUUCUGAAGUCAGUUUUACCAUUUUGGUAUUUUGUGGCAAUAUUCACGACAAUGAAAAAUGCUUGACGACGCUUCGGAAACUUCGACGGUACCUCGAUUCCAACAAUUCUUUUAUUCAUCGAUAUGAAACACAUCAUCAACAUCAUCGCCAUUCAUUAUCAUAUGGAUUCCCAAUGAUGACUAUUGGAACGCCUUCAGCAACGACUACAGAAACAAAGAAUCGCUCAUCAAUAUCAUCAUUUUCAUCCUCAUUUUCUAAUCCAACCACCCAUCGCGGCUCCAACAUUUUCUCAACACCUAGUUCUCCUACUUCUAUGCAUACUAAUAUGACUCGUUUAAGCACAAUAGAACAUCGACCUUCCUUCUCUUCCACCUUUUUUGAUGAUGAUAGUAUCAAUAGAAACUCAACAGAAGAUACAUGGACUACACCUUUUUUAUCAUCAUCAUCAACACAAUCAUCAUCCACUCGACCUCUUUUCUCAUUUUUAUAUGUCACAAGCUCCAGCAAAAAUGAAGUCAGCAAAUGUCUUAGUUCAACACCAUCAGCUGUUAUCCAUGCAGCUUUUCCUUUUGGAUUAGACAAAGUGUAUCUAGAUCAUGAUCAUCAAUGUCAUAUCGCAUAUAACAGUAAUCCCAACAAAAACAAGUCUCCAACAAUGGUAGUGAUACGACCUGAUGGCUAUAUCGGUGCAAGAGUUCGAUUGAACAAUGAAGAAGAUGUGGAUCGAUUGGAUUCCUAUUUUGAUUCCUUUUUGCGACCUCAUUAUGAUCAAAACAGUGCAGCAGCUCUUAUAGCGGCUAGCUUUGAUGAUGAUUGUUAAUGCUAAUUCCCUUUUUUCCUUGUGUAUAUUUCUCUUCUAUUUUUACAUAUGUAUUAUAUUUUAUGAAUUUAAUAAAAUAAAAAUUGAAUCCUUUUUUUUUUCUAUGUCUUUAUAUUAUUAUCCAAUCAAAAUAAAGUACGACAUU